AUGAGCACCCUUUGCUUCAUCGCCGAAGCUAGGCCUCAACCAAGUGAUGAUGAUGAUGAUUUCGGUACCAUCAUUGGACCUCACACAAGAGACGAGGACGAUUUUGGCACCUUGAUUGGACCGAAUGUGAACGAAAACACGACCAUCAUCGCUUUACCGCACCCCAACCUAGAUGAUGAUGAUUUUGGCACCAUCAUUGGACCCGAUUUUGAGGUCCACAAGAGAGAUUUCCCAAAAGAUUUCAUCUUUGGAACCUCGGUUUCCGCAUAUCAGGUUGAAGGUGCUAAAAAGGGAUCUGGGAGAGGCAUGACAACAUGGGAUGAAUUUACACACAUGUUUCCUGACAAGAUUGAACAACGUAGUGAUGGAGAUGAGGCAACGGACUUCUAUACCCGUUACAAGACGGAUGUACAAUUAAUGAAGAAGCUGAAAACAAAUGGAUUCAGAUUUUCAAUCUCUUGGACUAGAGUAUUGCCUUAUGGAACUGGGAAAGUAAACGAGGCGGGGGUACAGUUCUACCAUGAUCUUAUAAAGGAACUUAUUGACAAUGACAUUGAGCCAGCAGUUACUCUAUUUCACUGGGAGUCUCCUCUUGCUCUAGAAAUGAAGUAUGGGGGUUUUCUAGACGAAAGAAUUGUAGAGGAUUUCCGGCAGUUUGCGAAACUAUGCUUUGACAGAUUUGGAGAUAAGGUGAAGAACUGGGCCACAUUCAACGAACCAACAGUAUAUAGUGUUGCGGGUUACUCGAUAGGUAAGAAAGCACCAGGACGUUGCUCUGGAUGGGGACCCCUUAAAUGUUCCGCAGGAGAUUCGUCCGAAGAGCCUUACAGAGUUGGUCGCCACCAAAUUCUUGCUCAUCAUGCUGCUGUUGAAGAAUUCCGAAAAUGUGAAAAGUGCCAAGAGAAUAGAGGUAAGAUUGGAAUAGUGUUGGUAUCUCACUGGUUUGAACCUAAAGAUCCAAAUUCGAGUAAAGAUGUCGCGGCAGCAAGACGAUCACUUGAGUAUCUACUUGGUUGGUUUCUCCGCCCUCUCGUAUAUGGACAGUAUCCAAAGGAUAUGCUACAAGAAAUCGACCCCAGGCGAUUAAAACCAUUCUCUCCAGAAGAAUCUAAGAAAUUGAAAGGAUCUUUGGAUUUCGUUGGAUUGAAUUACUAUGGAACAUUUUUCUCUACCCCACUCGCCAAUGUCAAUUCAUCGCAGAUUAGUUAUAUGUCCGACAUGCGUGUAAACUGGACAGAUCAGCAGAACCAUUCACCACAUCUCAAGUCAACAUCAGGGGGCCUAGUGAUAUAUCCAUUGGGUUUGAUGAAUCUCUUGAAACAUAUCAAAGACGAAUACAUGAAUCCAGAAAUUUACAUUAUGGAGAAUGGUCUGGGGGAGAUCGACGAUGGGAGUACAAACGUAACGGAAGCCCUAAACGACUACGGGAGAAAAGAGUUCAUCAAGAGUCACAUCUUAGUCAUGGGAAAAGCCAUCAGGAUGCACAAUGUGAGGUUGAAGGGUUACUACAUUUGGUCGUUAAUGGACAACUUCGAGUGGGAGAGAGGGUAUAAAAUGAGGUUUGGGCUCUAUUACGUAGAUUUCAAAGAUAACAUGAAACGACAUAUGAGGUCAUCUGGGAAAUGGCUAAGCGAGUUUCUUGACUCGAAAGAGACUCUCAGUAAAUGCCACUUCGAGAGCUAUCGGUCGAAAGGAUACGCUCCUAAGCUGUCUGACAGAGAGAUUACUGAACCUGAUAACUGGCGUUUAAAAUACACGAGCGAUUAUAUGGAUAAAGUGGUGGAAAUAUGA